ACUUCAUAGAUUUCCACCAAUCUCUUCUUUUCCUCUUCUUCCUGUUCAUUUCAAUUCCGCCUUUUUAGGGCAGGAAAUGAUGGAAAGCUGAAAACCUCAAUUCUGUUGCUCUCUGCGUUUCUGAGUUCGAUUUCUGAUAAUUUUCUCACAGAACUGCUUAAUCUAGAAAAAAAAUCUGCUUCGCCCCCCAACCAUGGCGGAUUCUAGUUCCCAGGUUGUCCUUCUUCCCGACUCCGUGGAACAAUUACUUAAGCAAAUAUGUGCCGAGAAGUCACAAUGUCCUCCCAGCGCCGCAGCGAGAAGCCACCUCGCUUCUCUGGACGAACAGGCAUCGUUGGAGAUUCUGCGCGAGAUUCGAGCCGUGAGAGAAAUUCGCACUCUGAGUGGUUUCAUCAUUUACAUGGUUAAAAGGAGUCAUGCUUCUCCAGGUCCGUCAUCCGCACCGGUAUCGCCCCAGGAGAGCGUUUGCUCCUCUCCGUGGCCACAGAUUUCCGCGAGCACCAGCUCCUGUGCCCUCAGUUCCCAAAGCACAGAUGAUGAUGCAAUUCGCUCACCAGUUCCAGAGCAUGUCAUAUGGUCCUCUUCCUUGAGCUUGGAGACUGAAAAUGGUCAAAUGUUCAGUCCUCAGUUAGUAGCCUUGGGGGAACUGGAGUUUAGGAAGGCAUUCCUAAUACUAAAUUAUGUGGGAUGGAAGAAGCUGGAAGAUGUUAUAUCUGCUAACAAAAUUCGAGAACUGAAGCAUCUCCCAAUGAGGAUAUUUGAAUUUGAAAUUUGGAAUGCUCUAGGCAAGAAUUGCAUCAAUGAAUUGGAUCGACAGAGGUCUCUUGAUUGGGAUUCAGGAAAAGUGCAUUUAUAUGAGUGUCAUGUUUAUCCUAAUGGAAGCUAUAUAUUCAAGGGUCCAUAUCUAAACAAACAAAGGACUCACCUGCAAAGAGUUUUAGGGGAUGACAAUGUAUUGAUUGUCAAAUUUGCUAAUAGAGAGAUAGACCUCAGCACUUCGGCGACCUGUUCUGGUAAUCAUUACACUGCCUACAGCAGUAUUGCAAAGGAAGGAAUUCUUGUAGGUUUACGUCGUUAUCGAUUUUUUGUGUUCAAAGAUGGCGGCAAAGAGGAGAAGAAAAAGAACCCAACUUCGUCUCCUGUUAAGUGUUUUUUUGUUCGGAUGGAGUCGAAUGCUGCCUUUGAUUGGAAUGAUUCUUAUAUUUUGUCCAAGAAAACAGUUCAUGAAGCAAGGUGUCUGUUUAUGCACGUACAUAUGGUGUCCAGUCUGGAAAAAUAUAUGGCUAGGUUUUCACUUAUCCUUUCAAAAACAUAUAAGUUGGAUGUUGACCUUAUGAACGUGAAGGUUGAGACAAUUGAUGACUUGCAUUGUCAAGAUGAUAAUGGUGUCAACAUAAAUAAUAAAGAUGGGGAGCCUUUGAUACAUACAGAUGGAACUGGCUUUAUAUCAAAGGACCUGGCUUUGAAGUGUCCGUUAAAUAUGUACAAAGGAACAUGCUUUAAUGGAAAUGGAAAGAGUUUUCUCAAUAGUUCUGAACUUGAGGAAAAAUUUCCUGAUUUGAGGGUGGCAGAGUCUCACAAGAGGGAGCCGCCUUUGUUGAUUCAGUUUCGUAUGUUCUACAAUGGUCUUGCUGUUAAGGGAACCUUGCUCGUCAAUCGAAAGCUUCAAGGUGGAACUAUUCAGGUUCGACCUUCGAUGAUAAAGGUUGAGGCUGAUGCAAAACUUUCCCAUGUAAAAACUGAAAAUUCAUUGGAGAUUGUUGGGACGAGCAACCAACCCAAAAAACAUACAUAUUUGUCGAAGUAUUUAAUUGUGCUUCUUAGCUAUGGAGGGGUCCCGAAACGCUAUUUUUUGACUAUACUGAUGAAUGCUUUGGAAGAAGCUCAGAGCAUCUAUUCCAGUAAGCAUGCAGCGCUGAGAGUUUCCCUGGACUAUGGUGAAAUGGAUGAUUUUAUUGUGGCAAGAAUGAUUUUAUCUGGCAUUCCUCUUAAUGAGCCAUUUAUGCAGUAUCGUCUAUCAACUUUUUCAAAUGAGGAUAGGAAACGACUGAAGGAAGGAAGGCUUCCUAUUACUGACUGCUUUUAUCUAAUGGGAACAGUAGAUCCUACUGGCACCCUUGAAAGGGAUGAAGUUUGCAUUAUUCUUGAUAAAGGGCAAAUUUCAGGGAAGGUAUUAGUGUUCAAGAAUCCUGGUCUUCACUUUGGAGAUAUACAUGUUUUAAAUGCUAAAUAUGUGAAGGAUUUAGAAGAUGUUGUCGAAAAUUCCAAAUAUGCCAUAUUCUUUCCAACUAAAGGUCCCCGAUCAUUGGCGGAUGAAAUGGCAAAUAGUGAUUUUGAUGGUGACUUGUACUGGGUGUCAAGAAACCCUCAGCUGUUGGAAUAUUUCAAAGCAAGCAAACCUUGGGUCCCUUCAGAUUUAUAUUCAAGACCAAAGUCUUCUAAGAGAAAGCCAUGUGAAUUUUCGGCCGAGGAGCUGGAGCAUGAGCUUUUUCAGCUAUUUUUAACAACUAGAUUUGAGCCAAGUUUUGAGGCUGGUAUUGCUGCUGAUAGCUGGUUGGCAUUUAUGGAUCGCUUUCUAACAUUGGAAGAUGACUGUGUUUCUGAAAAAGAAACUUUAAAGAGGAACAUGCUUCAACUGGUUGACAUAUACUAUUGUGCUUUAGAUGCACCUAAAUCUGGAUUAAAGAUUACUGUUCCAGAGAAACUGAAGGCCAAAAGAUUUCCACAUUUCAUGGGAAAUAAGCGUGAAACUUAUAGAUCCACCUCUAUUCUGGGUGAAAUUUACAAUGGUGUGGAGUAUUUCCAAAAGAAUAUUACGGCAACAAAAGAUUCAGAUGUUUGGACGCUUCCUUGUUUCGGUUGUGAAGUCCCCAACAUUUACCUAAACCUGUGGAAGGAGCAUUAUGACCAAUACAGAUGUGAAAUGACUGAUGCCCUUAAGCAUGACGAUGAAAUCAAAGAUGUAUUGGCUGAUAAAGUGACACAAAAGUAUAAGCAGUUAUUAUAUGGGACUGCAGAUUUUGAAGACAGUCCAAAGAUUACAGAGCAGAUCUAUGAGGAAGCCCUUGCCAUCUAUCAAAUCACCUACGAACAUGCUAGAAGGCAAGGAGCUGUGAGAUACUGCGGCUUUGCUUGGAAAGUGGCAGGUUCAGCCCUCUGCAGGCUAUACAUCAUCAAGCAAGGAGACAGGUCCCUUCUCUGCUCUCCUUCUGUCCUAAGGGAAGUCUUCAAUUGUAAAAAUUCCCUAGCGUAACAUGAAAUAAGAUGACUUUGUUGUAUAUAUGGGUGACGUAAAAUAAUUCCACCCUCAAAAAAUUCAUUUAUAAUAUCUCCCUUCUCUUUAA